AAGAGUAAGUUCUAUUUGUUGCUCUCUUCAUUUUCCUUCUCUUCUUCUUUUUGUGGUAUUCAUUUCUCCAAAGGAGACUCAUAUUCAAAUCUCGAAUGCAACCCAUUUUGAACUUCCAUAUAUGUUCACUUUUUAGUCUUUAACAAUUUGCAGUUCUAAUCACUUUUGAAGAGCUUGAAAUGUAAGAACCACAUCUCUCUCUCUCUCUCUCUCUCUCUCUCUCUCUCUCUCUCUCUCUCUCUCUCUCAGUAAUCCUUGAGUUAGUGUCAUUCUUUCUGAAAGAGAAGAGAAUAUACCUGUGCCGUUGGCUGACUUCAGGGUACUCUGUUUUGGUCACUCUCUCUCUCUCUCUCUCUCUCUCUCUCUCUCUCUCUCUCUCACAGUAAUCCUUGAGUUAGUGUCAUUCUUUCUGAAAGAGAAGAGAAAAUACCUGUGCCGUUGGCUGACUUCAGGGUACUCUGUUUUGAGAUGGAAAAAGAGAAGGAAAUUCUGCAAACUUCACAUUAACUUCCUCAGGUUUCCUUCAUCGGGAGUGGAAAACAAACUCCUUGGAGGCCUAUAGAAAAGAUUCAUAAUGGGAUUCCUCGAUCUAUUUGUUGCCGCGUUGAUGCCAGUACUGAAAACAUUGAUAGUCACAGCCAUUGGAUUACUCCUCGCGAUAGAGCGCGUGAAUCUUUUGGGCCCCGUUGCAAGGCACCAUUUGAACAAUCUGGUGUUCUAUGUGUUCACCCCUGCACUUGUUGCUAGCAAUCUGGCCGAUACAGUUACAUCGAGCAGUAUACUUUCUCUGUGGUUCAUGCCAGUGAACAUCCUUCUCACAUUUAUCAUUGGUUCAGCACUUGGAUGGAUACUUGUAAAAAUCACUAGAACUCCUAAACAUUUGCAUGGCCUUGUAAUUGGUUGUUGCUCUGCAGGAAAUCUGGGAAAUCUGCUCCUCAUAAUCAUCCCGGCAGUUUGCGAUGAAACAAAUAGUCCAUUUGGAGAUUCAUCUACAUGCACUACUAAUGGAGAUGCAUAUGCAUCCCUCUCUAUGGCUAUUGGAGCUGUUUACAUUUGGAUUUACGUAUAUAACAUCAUACGGGCAUCUGCAAGUAAGAGAAAUGAAGAGAGUAUCGAUGUAAUUGACUCUAUCGCUCCUGGAGAAAUCACCGAUAGCUGGACAGAACCAUUGGUUACAAAGGGUAGCCGAAGGUCCGAGGACUUCGAAGCAGCUGAAUCACCUCGCACUGGAUCCGAGGAUAAAGUGCCGUUUUUCAAGAAAAUUCAGCAGCAUAUGAAGAAUUUCUCAGAAAAGAUCAACUUGAAGAUGUUACUUGCACCAUCAACGAUUGCAACAAUAGUUGGGCUUUUGGUUGGAGUAAUCACCCCGAUAAGGAAGCUUAUAAUUGGUGAUGAUGCCCCGCUUCGUGUUCUUGAGAGUUCUGCAACUUUGGUGGGGGAGGCAACAAUCCCAUCUAUGACACUGAUAGUAGGAGCCAACCUUCUCAAGGGUUUAAAAAGAUCCGGAAUAGGCUUGUGGGUCAUUAUAGGGGUCAAUGUAGUCCGGUAUAUCGCGAUGCCCCUAUGCGGUAUUCUUGUUGUUAAAGGUGCACGGCAUUUCGGCUUAGUUGGAUCGGAUGCAUUGUAUCAAUUUGUUCUUUUGCUUCAGUAUGCACUUCCUUCUGCAAUGACUAUAGGUACAAUCACUCAGUUGUUUGAGGUUGGAGAGAGUGAGUGUUCUGUUAUUAUGCUAUGGAACUAUGCUGUGGCUUCCCUCUUCCUCACACUGUGGACAGCCUAUUACAUGUGGCUUGUGUCCUGAAUCUAUCUUCUUUAUUCUUUUAUUAUUUCUUCUGCCCUUCCUGGCAAACAUAGAGAUUGUGGAGUCAGAGGAAUCAAUUGAGACCUCCUUUCUUCUGUACUAUUUUGUUCUUAUUUUUUUGGCAAGUGUGGCAGAUGAGCAUUCAAGAUUGUAUUGAGGAUACAUUAUUCACAUGGAUUGAAGUAUAUCUAUUGAGAUAAUGUGAGAACCAGAGGCUUUGGUUUGGUUUGUUCUA